AUGUGUGUGGAUCUUAGAAUUGCUGCUCUCAGUGCACAAAUCAAGGAGCAAGAGCAACACAAAACGGCAGCUACUGCAGGCUCUGGAGUAAAAGUCCCUUACAAUUUCCAACUCUUGGAAGAACUCAAAGAAGCCCAGAAAGGAGCAGGAGAUGGCACAGUUAACUGCAGUCUAGAAGAUGAUGAAGACAACACAAGAUGCACAGGGCUGACAAUUGGGCCUCCAAGAACAUGACCCAUAUCAAUGCUAGCAAAAUGGCAGAAUUCAUACAGCAUCAAAGUUGUCCUGCAAGAGCUUCAGUGCCUAACAAUGUCUAAAGAAAAUAUGAAACUCCUUCAGCUGCCUGAAGGACAGUUUCACAGCAAUUAA